AUGAUCCGCACUCAGGUCAACGAUGCAGUUGCCAUCGUAUUAUUUCGCGUUCUGAACAGCUCCGAGAGUUUCGAGGACCUGAGCGUUGGCCAAGUCAGUGGUCGCAUUGGAUCCCAGACUGCCUUGCUGCUCUUCGGCUCUGUCGGGCUGGGCAUCGCUCUGGGCUUUCUGCUCAUGCUGACUACUCGCUUCUGUCGUUUGGCGGACCAGACCUCUCCUUGUGUACUGUUCGUUUUUGUAUCCAGCUUUUUCAUCUACUGCUUUGCGGAGCGAGUGUGUUCGAUGUCAGGGAUUAUCACCGUGCUGUUCGCUUCCAUGUUUGCUAGCGCUUUCGCAAGGGAGCAGUUCUCUGCAGAGGCCACCAUGUUCUGUGCUUUUGCACUGAAGCAGGCAGCCACUCUAGCCGACAUGGUAGUUUUCCUUUUCGUUGGCAUCACGGCCGUGUACUGCGAUCGCAGAGGUCUAGUGUUCGGAAGUCUCGUCAUCGCCUUCUGCCUUCUUGGAAGAGCAGCUGCCGUGUUGCCGCUUGCACUGCUAACCAACGGUUGCAAGUCUGUGGCUGGCCACUCACUGAGCUGGGAGAAGAGUCUGAGAUUGAACUGGAAGAAGAUCUUCAUGAUGUGGCACGCUGGCUUGCGCGGGGGAAUUGCUUUGGUCCUCACGCUGGAGCUAGAGCCGUGGGUCGAUGAGGGUUCACCUGGCACCAGGGAUACUCUUCGGAAUGCUACAAUUCUGAUCAUUGUCUUUUUUCUGCUCUUUUUCGGGGGCACGACCAAAGUCUUGCUGAAGUGUUUGGGAAUCCCGAUGGAAGGCAAGGCCAAGCCAAUGCACAUCCACCAUGACACAGUCUGGCGCUGCCUACACCACAUAAAAUAUCGAGUUCUGUCUAAAGCGUUGGUUCCGGAAACCGCCAAAAUGAAUGAGGGUGCCCUUCCUCAGCUGAUAGCGGACUUCGCCGCUGUUGAGAGGAAGGGUUCUUCCGCUUCUCUCCCCGGCGGUAUCCGCUCCUCGAGACUUCCGGUGAUCCCAUCACAGCGUUCAGUGGAUGCCCGGCGUGGCGAUGAGAUGGUCAGCCUCUUCGGAAUGGUGGAUCCCUUGAACGCGAAUGAUUCUGGCUCAGAAGCGGGCACGGACGAGACUGAGGAGAGUGCCACAGAAACAGAUGAGUGA